AUGAUUCAUGCCUGGGCAAUCAGAAGGGCGCUGUGCAUUUUUAUCCUCAUCAAUUGUGUCCUAAAAUUAGAACAUUCGCAUAAAAUUAGGUGGAAAUCGAAAAAGGCAGUUCACCUCCCAGUAGACGGCGCAAAUGGCUACAAACGGGAGUGGAGACGCAAAGGGGUGUUCUUUAAUAUUCAUAGGGAUAACAGAGGGAAAGACGCCAGGGGGAGGAAUGGCACAAGGGGAACGAACGACACCAGGGGAAACGGGGGCCCGAACGGAUUGGCCACUGGUGGGAGACCGCUCUUUCGCUGCGAUAAAUUUAUUCCACUGUUUCUGUUGCGGGAUUGUCAGGGAAGAAGUUUAAACAGAAAGAAAUAUAACUCAACACUCAGGCGAUGUAACAGCCGUUUAGAAGUUUUUCCCAGGAGAGAGAAUAGCUUACCGCCCGAGCGGUGGAAUGGUGAGGCGAUCGGUACAGCAGGGCAGUCGGAGGAUGAUGGCCUUGAUGGAGGGCCCUCCCCUGGGGGGGAAGCGAACAAGACUAAGAGGAGGACCAUCAGUAGCGAUCGCAGCGGAUGUAGCGGUGUGGGAGGAGCCCCAGAAUACCCCCAAGAGAACGUACGCAAUUUUUGCAUCCUGGCGCACAUCGACAGCGGGAAAUCAACUCUGGCUGACCGAUUCCUAGAGUUAACAAAAACGAUAAAAAAGAAAAAGAUGCAGGAUCAGUUUCUCGACAUGAUGUCGUUGGAGAGAGAGAAGGGAAUCACCAUUAAGUUGAAGGCAGUGCGAAUGAAUUACCAGAAUUACAUUUUCAAUUUAAUCGAUACACCAGGACACUUUGAUUUUUAUCAUGAAGUAAAAAGAUCGCUAAGUGUAUGCGAAGGAGCCAUACUACUGAUUGAUGGGAGCAAAGGGAUUCAAUCCCAGACACUUAAUAUCUUUCUAGAGUUGCAAAAACAUAAUUUAAAAAUAAUUCCAGUGAUAAAUAAAAUCGACCUGAACACAUGCAGGUUGGACAAGAUAGAAAGUGAUCUGUUAAACAAGUUUCGUUUUGUGAAGGAAGACAUUUUACACAUCUCUGCGAAAUAUGCACAUGGAAUAGGAUCUCUGUUUCAGAGAAUUGUGUCGGACAUCCCUUGUCCUGCCAUAAAAUCGAAUGCCUUCUUUAGGGCCAUCGUUUUUGACUCCUUCUAUGACCAGUACAAGGGGGUAAUAUUAAUCAUUAAAGUGCUAAAUGGGGUCCUGACAAAAAAAACAGAAGUCUUCUUCAUUCAGAGCGAAAAGACAUCCAUCAUUCAGGAGGUUGGAUACCUCACCCCGGAGAUGAAACCCACCGACAGUAUACAGCAGGGGGACAUUGCCUACGUGUCAUGUAACAUGAGAAAGUGCGACGAGGUGCAGAUCAGUGAGACGAUAGUCAGCAGAGAUAUCGUCCAUCUGAAUGCGGAGCGGCGGCUCGUGGUGGAUCCGGACCGACUCGGCGAGGAGCGCAGCGGUGAAGACCAUACCCGUAGGGUAAAUCAUUGCGGUGUGGAUUCCUUCCGAGGUGUCGCCCCACCGAGGGAGGCGCGCACCGAGAGAGAAAUCAACCUGGAGCAGAUCGCCGCGUCUAAGGUGGACGUCUCGUACCCCGUUGUGUUCUGCAACAUUUACAGCGUGAAUGAUAAACAGGCCAACGGACUGGAGGUGGCACUGAACAAAUUGAAGCUAAACGAUGCAUCUUUUUCCUUCAAGCCUGACGUUUGUGAGACCUUGGGGAAAGGGUUCAAGUGCGGGUUCAACGGAUUGUUGCACCUUAAUAUAAUCCAGGAGCGGAUAAGACGGGAGUAUGGCGUGGAGACGAUUGUGACUGCCCCGUCGGUGAAUUAUCUCGUGAGGGUCAAGGAGAAAGGCAUUGACAAGCAGCUGAAGGAGAAGCUGAUUGAUGCUAGUUUCGACAUAGCGAAUGUUAACGUGGAGGUGCAGGGGGGAGAUAGCGGUGAUGGUAGUGCCGAUGGCAGUGGUGAUGGCAGUGAUGAUCGCAGCGAUGAUGGAAGCGAUGAUGGAAGCGAUGAUCGAAGCAGAAAGACCCACCCCGACGGACUCUUCUACAUGACGAGCAACGUGAACGAGAUCCCCCAGAAAAAUUACCUCCACGGAAUUUACGAGCCGUACGUGCGAACGAGCAUAAUGACGCCGGAGGAGUACCAGAAAUAUAUCAUGGCGGAGUGUUUCCAAAGGAGAGGGAUUUUUAUUAAAAAGGAAAACAUGGACAGUUAUGUCAUCUUCUAUUUUGAUAUGCCAUUGUCCGAAAUAUUGAUUAAUUUCUUGGACGAAAUUAAAUCCUGCACAAAGGGCUAUGGAUCCAUGAGCUACGAAAAAUAUGUCACUUAUAGGGAAAGCGAUUUGCACAAAAUAAGUAUAUAUGUGAAUAAUAGGAGCAUCGAUUCUUUGUCCUUCCUGGCACACAAAUUAAAUUAUCACGAGAAGGGGAAACGUAUAGUCUUAAAAUUGAAAGAAAUGAUAAAGCCUCAUCAGUUCCUUGUCGUCAUUCAGGCAGGUGUGGGGACCAGAAUCUUCGCUUCGGAAAGGAUCAACCCGCUGAGGAAAAAUGUCACUGCCAAAUGCUACGGGGGGGAUAUCACACGGCGAAGGAAGUUACUCGAGAAGCAAAGCGCAGGGAAGAAAAAGAUGUUUAGCAUCGGCAAGGUGAAGCUGCCGCCGAAUAUGUUCACCAAGCUCUUCAACUUGAAGGCCCAGUGA